GAUUUAAUUUGCUGCAUAUCGAAAAUAUCUCGAAAGUAUCGUUGCAGCCUUUCCACGAUACCGAUUGGUCAUCGCUGUCGUCAUUCAAUGCUCGUGGAUAUGCUGAUUGGCUUGCACGUUCGGCAUUCAGUCAAUUUGACAGAUUGCGGUUAUAUUUGAAAUAUAAAGGUACGAAAUGAUUCUUUAAUCGUUAAUGGGAAUUUGACUCGAUGUGCGAGUAAUAGGCCUCUGACUUUCAAUAAAGAAUGUGUGAAAUUAAUUAUUAAAAAAUAAAAGAUAAGCGCAUCGUUUUGCAAAAUAAAAGCCUCGCGCCACUGAUUCUGUCAAGUGAAAAUGACAGUGAGCAAAUUUUUGGUGUGUUCGCGUUAGUAUAGAACUACUUUUUGAUAAUAAAAAAAAAUUGUGAAAAAUUGUCGGAAAUGCCAGAAACAUAAUAGCCUGACAAAUGUUUGGCGUUCGCAUAUACGCAACUCCACUUUCUGUUACUUUGCUGUUUAUAUCUCUGUCCGUAUGGCUUUGUAUUUGUCGUUGGAUCUUUCGCUACGACAUGAGAGACCAGGAGAUUGUCUAUUGGCUGGUGGUGUAUUUUAUUGUAAUCACUAUACUAAAUAUGAUAUUUCUUGGACAUCUACAAUUCAUAUAUGACUAUCCACCUGGAAUGAGGAAUUGAAUUAUUUACAUGACAGGUGAAAAGGUUUUAUGUUUCCACGGCCCGCUUAUAUACGAAGCAAAAUGCUUAAAAUCAUCAGUUACCAGAGAAAAGCAGAUUAAAUAUCUCAUUCAUUAUGCUGGAUGGAACAAGAACUGGGAUGAAUGGGUACCUGAGAGUCGUGUUCUUAAAUACAAUGAGGGAAAUGUACAAAAACAAAAAGAGGUACAACGUGCUCAUGCAGCACAGCAAAUGUCACAAAAGGGUAAAAAGGGAAGCAGCAGUGCAAAGGGACAAGUGCGAAGGAGUGAAUCUGGCAAAGAUAAAGAUUCUGAAAGUAGAGGUAGUACACCAGUUCCUGGGAGUGAUAAAAUAGUUGGUCGUGGAAAUAAAAAUGGUGGAGGUUCUGUCACACCAUCAUCAUCACACGAUUCCUCUUCGGAUGCUCCUCGCAAGAAACGAAGCCGCAUAGAUCCAUCAGUGGAAACGGAAGAACAAUUUGUCACAAAGGUAGAAGUUAAGGUUAAAAUGCCUGAUGAGCUGAAACCUUGGCUAGUUGACGACUGGGAUGCAAUUAGUAGACAACGGAAAUUGGUUAUUUUACCAGCAAGACACACAGUCGAUCAAAUUCUGGAUGAUUAUGUAAAAUUCAAAACUUCAAGCAAAACAAACAAUCCUAACAAAGAAAGUGCUGUUCUAGAAGUAACAAAGGGUAUUAGAGAGUAUUUUAAUGUAAUGCUGGGUACCCAAUUACUUUAUCGAUGGGAGAGACAGCAGUAUGGAGAAAUCAUGGCAGAAAAAGCUGGUACUCCGCUGAGUCAAAUAUAUGGAGCUUUCCAUUUACUCAGACUAUUUGUAAAACUCGGCAGUAUGUUGUCUUACACACCAUUGGACGAAAGAAGUAUCCAAUUACUGUUAGCUCACAUUCAUGAUUUUCUACGAUAUCUACACAAGAACAGCAGUGAUUUAUUCAGCCUCCAAGAUUACGGGGCAGCACCUCCAGAAUAUCAUCGAAAAUGUAGUUAACUUCAAUAAAAUUCACUCAUCAAACUGUUUAAACGUA